GCGCCACCUAGGUAUCAGCCAUGUGUAAUUUUGUUGUGGUUUUUGAGGAAGUGAUUUUUAUCAGUGAAGGGAUGUAAUGUCGACGUUCUAAGCAUGGCUAUUUGAAAAGGAGAACUGGCUGGUGUUAAUCAAAGUAUGGAGACCUCUUGUCGGUAAGAUGGAGGAUGCAAUAUCACAAGGUUCUAUCGAGUCGUCCUCAACUGGAGAUGAAUUUGUUGUUGUUAAUGGAGAACCAAAAUUUAAGUUGACAGGUGAUAUUAAUGACAUUGACGAAGAAAUCAGUGUUGACAAGUUGCUAAAUGUGAAGAUGGCUUCGAACUCUGUAGAUACGGAAAAAGGUGGGUCUGAGGAAUCGGUGGACAACGUCCUGAGAGGUAGUCAAUCAGCCGACGGGCUGAUGGCCGAUGCCAUGUCAUCCUCACAAGAGCAGCCCAUGUCAGUGAUCGGACCAGGUUCAGCUGAUGUGUUUCAGCCAAAUGUCAGUAGGUCAACAUCGUUGCCCUCAAUGCCAGGUGGUGAUUGUACUGUUUUUAAUGGAGUUACCUACCUUGGCUGUGCAUCUGUGAAUGCUCCCCGCAGUGAGGUGGAAAUUUAUCGUAACAUGGCUGUGUUAAACGAACAGUCGAAGAUGGUUAUUCCUGUUGUUUUGUCAGUUCCUAACACCUCAGAAGGUGUUGUGACACUUUUUGACCCUGCCAAUGAAACUGACAUCGCAAGUUACAAAAUUCACCGGAUCUUAUUCUGUGCCCGUGGACCAGUUGAAAGCAAUGAACGGAAGUGUUUUGCGUUCACAUUUAGUCACGGUGACACGCCAGAAACGGCCAUCUUCCAGUGUCAUGUCUUUAGAUGUGAUCUUCCUGAAGCAGUAGCAAAGAUACUAUACUGCUUUGCAACAACAUUCCGCAGAGUUCCUAGGAGUACAAGAACAUUUUCAUCGACUAGUUUUCCCGAAGCUGAGCAGAACUACCUGUUUACUGUAGCCAUUGAAUUCAAGGAAGACGAUGGCAAGGGAAACUACUCAUCUGUCCCUAAAGAUCAGCACGUCUUCAAGUUCAGAACCAAUACUGAAAAGCGGAUUGCUAUUACAGUUCAGCAUAGUGGGCCAAGGGAUCUCAAGAUUGAACGGUGUUUCGGUUUGUUAAUCUCUCCUGGUAGAAAUGUGAAGCAUAGUGACAUGCAGCUAAUAGAACUGGUUUCCAUGAGCUACAACUCUGAUGGACAAAGCUACACUAUUACAGGCCACUGGGAUCCUACUGAAAAUUGUUUUCUGGUCCUGAACACCGAGACUCGAAAAGAUACGAGAGUAUUUUUGACUGUAGCAGUUGACUUAGUCAUGGUCGGAAUUCAGGAGCCAGUUCGAUUUUCUGUGGAAACCAAAGCUAGAAUUUACCCAACAAAUGAGCGAUUUUGGUAUUUCACCAAGAAACCCCAUGUGGAAAACUUCAAUGUUAAACUCAAAGAGAUUGAAAGUGAAAGUAACGAUGAGCCGAAGUUUGAGGUGCUGCAAGUAGAGAGUCAGUCGGAAAUCGACCACCGCAGCAUGGGCAUGAGCCUCAGUCUGAACAGCAGCCAGAGUCUGUCGGAGCCCGUCACGACACCAGACGAACCAGAGGAGGAUUCCGAUGCGGAUGAACCUUUGUUGAGUGGGUCGGGUAUUGUCAGCAAGGAGGUAACCGAUGAGAAUCUGCUUGAGGCUUGGUCGGAUGUUCUUAUCAAAUGGCAUCAGAAUCUGACACAGCGGCCCAAGCAGGUCCAGCCGUUAGCUCGCAAAGGCAUUCCCGAGGCUCUACGAGGGGAGGUGUGGCAACUUCUCGCUGGUUGCCAGGAGACCACUGAACUACUUGAAGCAUAUCGAGUUCUUAUUACGAAGGACUGUUCCAGUGAGUCGGUGAUUCUGCGAGAUAUCAACCGAACGUUCCCAGCUCAUGAUUUCUUCAAGGAAUCUGGGGGUCUGGGGCAGGAUUCUCUAUACAAGAUAAGCAAGGCCUAUGCUAUUUAUGAUGCUGAAAUUGGCUACGUCCAGGGCCUGUCAUUUCUAGCUGCAGCUCUCCUACUUCAUAUGCCUGAGGAGCAAGCAUUUUGUGUGUUAGUUAAGAUCAUGUUUGAAUAUGGUCUGCGUGAUUUGUUCAAACAGGGCUUUGAGGAGUUGCAUCUUAAGUUUUAUCAGCUGGAAAGACUCAUGCAGGAUCAACUGCUUGACGUUUACGGCCAUUUUGCCGACAUGGGGCUAGAAAUCCACAUGUUUGCUUCCCAGUGGUUCCUCACGUUGUUCACGGCCAAGUUCCCACUUCAUCUGGUAUUCCACAUCCUUGACGUCUUUCUUAGUGAGGGCAAAAAUGUGAUUUUCUAUGUUGCUCUGGCACUCUUAAAGAGUUCAAGAAAAGAUCUUCUUGCACUUGAUUUUGAAGGAGUUUUAAAAUAUUUCCGAGUUCAGUUGCCUAAAAAAUACCGAUCGGAAGAUGCAGCUAAAAAACUGAUGAGGACAGCUGUGGAUUGUAAGGUAACGUCACGGAAGCUGAAGAAGUAUGAAAAAGAAUAUCUUGCUAUGAAAGAACAACAAAUGCAGCAAGAAAACCCUAGUGAACGUUUCGAGCGUGAGAACAAACGCCUGCUGGAGGAUGUGAUGAGGCUGGAGCAGGAGAAUGAUGAUUUGGCCCACGAACUGGUGGAGAGCAAGCUGGUUCUUAGGAGUGAACUUGAUGCAGCAGAAGACCAGUGUGAAAAUUUGUCUAAGGAUGUUGUACUGACAAAGAAACUGCUCUUUGAAACAGAAGAAGAGAAAAAGCGUCUAGAAACUGAAUCAGCUCAGCUGAAGGAAAUGUGUCGUCGUGAAUUGGAUAGAGCCGAGUCAGAAAGUGUGAGGAAUGCUGCAAUAAUAGCAGACUAUAAACAGAUAUGUUCUCAGCUAAGUGCAAGACUGGAGAAGCAGCAAACAGCUGGUAAACAGGAACUUCGCAGAAUAAAGAACCAGGUUACGUCUUGCAUCCAGUGCUCCAAGAUGUUUACAGAUGACGGCAAGGUCAAACUGCCUGACCCCAUUCCCAAUCCUGACGAUUCUAAUCCACGGAUUAUAGAUUUGGAGCGCCAGGUUCGUGAACUUGAACUGGAACUGGCGCAGACAAAGUUAGCACUUGUAGAAUCCGAGUGUAAAACUCAAGACCUUACACACCAGCUAAACACAGCACUGACUGAAAUUCAGGCAUCCAAGAACACCUGGUUCCAGAAAACGUUAACGUCUAUAAAGGAGGUAGCCCACACAAAGAAGGACCCCAAGGAUUGAUGUGUAUCACUGUAGUUUGACUACAUAGUUGUCUGUUUUUGUUGUUGUUGUUCUACUUUAAAUUUAGUCAGCUACUAGUUUUAAAACUAUACUGUGAAUUUACUUUUAAUAUAUUGUAUCAUUUGUCCUGUUACAGUGGUAAAAAAGAAAGAAAGUUUUUCAGGGGUGGGAAUUCUCCUCGGAUCAGCUGUUUUCCUCUCUUGGAACAUUGCAUUUCCUCACAUUUUAAUCGUCCUUUCUUCCAAAAUGUGUCAGAUGGCGCAGAUUUUUACCAAGGGUUUCAAGAAUUUCUGAGACCCCUCUAGAUUUCCUCUUUUUUUUACAGUUCACCAAUUCCCACCCCUGGUUUUUACCUUUCUCGUUUAUGGCUGGAUGACAUUUUCUGCACUCCAUAUAGUGUGUUUUAAUUCCAACACUUUGUUUAAGGCCAUAAUGAUGAUUGCAAUUUUAUUUGCAGGUCCCAUUAAUGUUAUGACUGGAAUUCUAGUAGUUAAGAGCAUUCAGUAGUUAAACCAGUAGAUGUUUCAUUAUGAAAUUUAUAAAACCACGAUGUAAUAAUGCUCAAAAAGGUCAUUCAUAUUUAGAAGAUAAUCUAUGUUGUAAUGUAAUUGUUAAAAAGUAUAAGUUGAUUUUAAAAAAAAAAAGCAUAAUUAAGAAUGUGUGGUUAAUGUAAAACAAAAUCUAAAUUAGAUUUUUCACUCAAGAUCAGUCUACAAGUAUUGGUUUUCACUAGUAUGCUUUAGGUAUCACUACUGUUAGUCUUGAGUUAAAUAUAGUGAUCACAAGCACCAAAAAUAUAAAAUAAUACCACUAACUGACAUGUUAGCAUAAUCGUUGACUUAUAAUAUUUAGAAAUUGAAGUUGGUGAUGUCAAGCAGUUAUAAACAAGAUAUGAAUAUUGUAUAUCUAAAGAAAAAUUUAACUGCCUUACAUAAUAAGUGUUUCUUAUAAUAAGAGAGGGAAUAGCGUAUUUUAAUUGCUUUCUUUUCUGAAUUUUUCAAACAUUAAAACUAAUUUUUCUGAGAACCAUGAUUAGGACAUUUCCAGUUCAGGUGGUCAGCUCAUGAUAUUUUCAUUAACAAACUAGAUACUUGUAGCUCCAUAGUUUGUUGAUGUAAUGAGACAAAAAAAGACCAAAAAAAAGAAGAAAAGUUCAUGCAAACUUGAAACUUAAAUAACGAAAAUGCAGACAUGCAUUUGAUUUAAACUAAUUUGUAGCACAGAUGCUUUUUGUAAUGAGUAAAGUUUAGUAUGUGUAAAUGUUCAGUAAUGUAUUGCAACUUUACAGUAAUGUGAUGCAUAAUUUGUGUUGGCAGCCUAUCAUCAAACAGAAUCCCACCCUGUCGCUGCAGUGAGCAGUUAAUCUCAACGCUGGCUUUUGUACAUAAUUAACUUACAGACUUGUCUUGAAUGGCUUUACAUCAUAAUGAACAGGUCUCUAUCAUAAUUUGUAUUUUUGAGUUCUUUUAUAUUUUAUGUGCAAUAUUAAGAUGUAUGUUUUGAGUGGAUUGCUGAAUAUAUUAGAAACUUGAACAUACUCUUAACUGUAGAACUGUGUGCUUCUAGUUUGUAGCUUGGAGGUCGAAAGAAGAUUUUUUAAAUAGCUAUUCCUCGUUUGUUGAUGCAUGACAAAUUAGGCUACUAAGCAAAGUAGCCAUGACCUAUAAUAGUCAUUUCAAGAACAGUUUACAACAUGAUGCAUCGCUUCUUUCAUCAUAUCAAGUAAAUCAAUGUACAUAUUUAUUAUCAUUAUGUUAGUCCAGUAGUUUGUCCAUUAAAAACAAAAUGUGUAGUGACUUUAUUUUGUUGAAAACCACACUAAAGGUACAUGUAUAGCUUACAACAAUUUGACAGAUGGCAAACAGGAUGACAUUUGUAAUCCCAUUUUCUUCACAGAAAUCCAUUUAAUUGUAAAAUGUUUAGUAUGUCCAUUUUUAUUAAAGGGAAUUCUUGACUUUCAACCAUUGUAACAUAUUUCCAAAUAAUAAAUCCUUUGUAACAACUGAAGUUACAUCUUGACUACAGUUUUAUUGUUUAGAAUAUCAGUUACUGUAUACAUGUAUAUCGAAUGUGUUUCUGAUCAUCCUAAUGUUUGUAGUACUAGUAGGUCACAUUUCAGUUUACUUCCUACUACAAUUUUUCUUUUUGUACCUGCAAAAAUAUUAGAGGUAAAAUACAGAUUGGGCUACUAUAGACAUUAGGGUAUGAAGAAACACCGUGUAUAUAUACAGACAUUGAUGUAUUUUAGUUGUUAAAAAUUCUCUGUUAGUCGAAAACAUCUUACAGUACAGCAAACUCAGAACAGUCCUUUUAAACUAAAAUAAGGUUAUGUUGUUUAUUUGUACAAUCCCACAGAAGAUGCAUUGAUUAUUUUUGGUAUACGGAAACGUUUGUGACAUUUUUAAAAAAAUGCUUUAAAAAACCAAGGAAGCAUACAACAAAUUGAUUAUUCUUAUACUGACUUCAAAAUAGGACAAUUAUAGAAAUUAAAGAAACCUUAUUACUCAUUACAAGUCCAUUUCUAGAAAUUAAUUAUCAGGGUUGUUUAAAUGAUAUUAUCAAUUCUCAAUGCUAUUGCAUUUCAUUAAGUUGUCGAUUAGUUACUAAAUUUAUCACAUUUUGUGGGCAUAUUAAAAACUUUCUGUGUUUUGUGCAUGUUAAUGUCCAUUCUCAGCAUUUUAAAUAAUUUUCAACGUAACUGAUCAACAUACAGUCUCAUUCUCAAUGUUGUAUCUAACCUGUUUAGAUUUAUAAAUCGUACAUAAUAUAUGGUUUACAAAUACAUGAUUUACAACAGGCUGAAGUGUGAUGAAUGGGAAACUUGCAAGCUUUACAGUGAAGAGAACUGUGGGUACAAUAAAACCAAACAUAAUUAAUUAGAAAUUUUGAAAUAUAACUGCAAAUGAAUAUUCUUGUGUAUUUGUUUUGACCAUUGUGUUUUGUUAUCUGAUUGCUUUCAUUUUGUAGACAUAAUGAUUUAUAUAUAUAUUAAUACAGGGUUAUUUGUUAUAUUAAUGUGAAUAUAAUUUUUUCUCUCUUAUUUGUGUAAAUAGUUGUCUUUAUUUAAAUAUUUGCUGGAGCAAAUUUUUAUUUAUUUAUGUUUUAUUUUGUUUUGUUAAAUAUUUUAACACAGCAGUAUUGAUAAUCUUCUAUAUUUAUGAAUCACAUGUUUUAUAAAAUAUCACUACCUUAUCUGAAGCAAAUGUAUCUAAUAAUUUAUAUUUGAUGUGCCAAUUUUUAGACAGUCGGGCAUAAAAGAAUUUCAUUUGAAAAAAAAAAGUAAUUUUAAUUUUGUUCUAAAUAUAAAUAAUAAAUAUAUUAAGUGAAAAAAGAUUACUUAUAUUUUAAGAAAUACCUUAAACAGGCCUGCUUUCCAUUGACAGUGUUUGCGCUUAAGACAAAUUUCACUUGCCCUUGGGAGUUUUCACUUGCCCUACAUAAACUUUUUCAAAUUGUAAAUACAUUUAUUAAUAUCCACACAACAUAAACUGUGAGAAAACAUUUAUUUUGAACAGAACAAUAUUUUAGUGUCGGUCAAUAAAAUAAAAUACCAUUCACUUAAAGCCGCACACCCUAGUUCCAUCCAACGAAAAUAAAUUAUAAUUUGGUUAAUCUACAAACCUGUAACACACUUAGAUCACGUUUUUA